AUGUCUGAAGACGAUUUUAGCAAUGAAGUGAAAUCCCAAAAUAGUGGCAAUAGUGUCAAUAGUCCCAACAAUUCCAAUGAUAGAAAACUCAAAGAAAGAUCUUCUUCUCCUUCUUCUGUUAUCGUUACUACCACAGAGAAUUCCAAAUUAUUUGAUUUUAAAAUAUUUUUAAAACAACUAAGAGAUCCGAGAGCUGAGCCAAUAGUGAAAUACACAAAAUCCUUCAUUCAAAAUUUCUACAAUUCUCGCAGAAAUUACACUUGUGCGGAACAGGUUAAGUUGGUUUGUGAUUUUCAAUCAUUCAUUUAUGAAAAAUUUUUAAUUUAUGAACCCUUCAAAUCUAUGAAUGAUCUAACUAAUGCCAAAGAAGGUUUAGAAAAAUUAAUUAUGAACAAAUUAUACCCCAAGCUCUUCCCGCCUUUAGCAACAGCAGUAGAUGCUUUUGUUGAUGUGAAUUUGGAUGAGAAGUUUGAGUUGCAAAGACUUAAUUAUGGAAAGAUAGUCACUCCAGAAAUGCUAGAAAUCAGCAAUUACGACGAACUUGGGACUCAUUACAAUAUACUAGAUAAAUUUGUAAAGUUGGCCACAAUAGAAUUAAACAAAAUAAACAAUUAUAGAGCACCACGCGAUAAAAUGGUUUGUAUUUUAAAUUGUUGUAAAGUCAUUUAUGGUAUAUUGAAAAAAUUCCAAAAAAUAUCAACUGCAGAUGAUUUUGUACCCUUACUAAUAUAUACUUUAUUAAAAAGUGACGUUAAAAAUCUAUGUUCUAAUUGUAAUUAUAUAGAGUGUUAUAGAAGCAAAAGUUUUUCUACCGGAGAGAGUCAAUAUUAUUUGAGCAGUUUGCAAGGUGCUAUUAAAUUUAUUCUUGACAUGGAUAAAGGGUCUUUGAGGAUUAAAGAUGAACAGCAAUUUGAUGAGUUAUACACGAAGAAUCAAAAACUGAUUGAGGAAGAAAGACGUACAUUGUUACCGUUGGAAACAGCCACCAAUACAACUAUUCAGAAUCAACCAAAUAGUGUAGCUAACAGUGGUACUUUUCAUUUACCAAAUACAGAUUCAGUAAAGGCUAUAUUUCAGAAUUUUUUGUUUCCUGCUGAAAACAUACGACAAGAAGAAAGUCAUGCAAUUGCUUCAGACAAUCAUUCUGAUGAGUACAAUGACCAUACCAAUUGGCAAGUGGCGCUCCUUGAACUAGGACACAAAGAACAUAAAGAAACUAUUAAAAAUUUACAAAGUAUGUUCCCUGAAAUAGAAGUUGAUAUUAUUGAAGAUAUUUGCAUUGCUAAAAAUUAUAAUACAGGACAGGUGGUGGAUUUACUUUUGGACUUGUAUAAUUAA